AUGUUUUCCGGUACAAAAACAGGGUGGGAAUUAUACGAAGAAUUUGAAUCCGAGUUUUCACCAUCAGCUGUUGUCGCAUUGUUUCAUCAAAAAUUAAAAUACCAGUUACCACCAACAUACACUUACGACAGGAAGGUCAAUAGAAAAUACUCGUGUAAAUUAACUUACGAGAACGAAGAGUGGGAAACCGAACAAUUGUACGACAGACAAAAGGAUGCAAAAAAUGGUGUAGCUAAAGUAGCGUUAAAAACCUUAACAUAUCGUUAUCCAAAGUUGGCGAUUACCAUCCAACAAAUCCUCGAAAUGAGAUGGUGGGAAUUAUACGAAGAAUUUGAAUCCGAGUUUUCACCAUCAGCUGUUGUCGCAUUGUUUCAUCAAAAAUUAAAAUACCAGUUACCACCAACAUACACUUACGACAGGAAGGUCAAUAGAAAAUACUCGUGUAAAUUAACUUACGAGAACGAAGAGUGGGAAACCGAACAAUUGUACGACAGACAAAAGGAUGCAAAAAAUGGUGUAGCUAAAGUAGCGUUAAAAACCUUAACAUAUCGUUAUCCAAAGUUGGCGAUUACCAUCCAACAAAUCCUCGAAAUGAGAUGUAAGUUAGGCCCCAAGCGACUAGUGUUUGGAAAUGGUGUUCAUCAAAUGGCAAAAAACAUUGCCGAAAAAAUUUCAAGACCACCAUCCGAUAUCUGGCUCGAGACACAACAACCAUUAACACCACAUAGAACACUUUUAGCCGACUUCAUGUUGAAUUAUAACCUUGGAAAUCCAGUUUAUGUUGACAUUAUACCACCAUUACGACCAGUAGGGAUUAAAUAUAUUAACCAUCGCAACGAUGUUACGAUUUCCAUUGCAAAAACUAUAGCUGAUGCUGCUACCCAUUCACCACCAGCAGCUGAUGCUGCUACCCAUUCACCACUAGCAGUUGAUGCUGACUCUAAUACUACAAAAAAAGGAUUAUUUUAUGUUUCUGUUAUUGUUGGAAAACGCAAAUUCAAUCCAUCAAAAGGAUUUGAAAUCAAGCCCGAGGCACAAGAUCACGUUGCUGCUAUAGCCCUUGAAAUUUUGCAUAAAGAAAUUAGAUCAGAUGAAAUGAAAAUCAUUCGUGAAAAAAUGGAAGUCGAAGUAAAUGAUAUAGAAGAGGAAAUAAAUACAAACUGUAGAAGUCAAUCAUCUUUAGUCAAAGAAGGAGGACCAUCACAUCACGGAAAUCAACCAUCUUUAGUCAAAGAAAGAGGACCAUCACAUCACGGAAAUCAACCAUCUUUAGCCAAAGAAGGAGGGACAUCACAUCACGGAAAUCAACCAUCUUUAGUCAAAGAAGGAGGACCAUCACAUCACGGAAAUCAACCAUCUUUAGUCAAAGAAGGAGGGCCAUCAUCAAAUCACGGAAAUCAACCAUUUUUAGUCAAAGAAGGAAGACCAUCAUCAGAUCACGGAAAUCAACCAUCUUUAGUCGAAGAAGGAGGACCAUCAUCAGAUCACGGAAAUCAACCAUCUUUAGCCAAAGUAGGAGGGCCAUCAGAUCACGGAAAUCAAUCAUCUUUAGCCAAAGAAGGAAGACCAUCAUCAAAUCACGGAAAUCAACCAUCUUUAGUCGAAGAAGGAGAACCAUCAUCAGAUCACGGAAAUCAACCAUCUUUAGCCAAAGAAGGAGGGCCAUCAGAUCACGGAAAUCAAUCAUCUUUAGCCAAAGAAGGAAGACCAUCAGAUCACGGAAAUCAACCAUCCUUGGUGAACGAAAUAAGACUAUCGGAUCCAUCAUCUUUAGUUGAAGAAGGAAGACAAUCAGAUCACGGAAAUCAAUCAUCCUUAAUGAGCGAAAGAAGGUCAUCAGACUACAAAAAUCGAAGAAUACCAUUAUAUUCACCUUCUUUAGUGGAAAAAAGAAGUCGUUUUUACCACAGAAAUCCAAAAGAUCUUCCUUUGUUCACUAAAGAUAAAGUGGACAAAAGAAGAUAUCUUGGAGACCGAUCAUCUUUAGUGAAAAAAAACCAUAUUGACCGCAGAGAUCAAUUAUCAUUGGCGAAAGAAAGAAGAAGACAUUUGUACCGUAGAAAGCAAUCGACCUUAGAAAGAAGACAUUUUGGAGAUCGAUCAUCUUUAGUGAAAGAAGGAAGUCACUUUUACCACGGAGAUCGACCAUCUUUAAUGAACAAAAGAAGAUAUUUUGGAGGUCAGUCAUCUUCAAUGAAAGAAGGAGGACCAUCAAAUUACAGAAAUCAAACAACUUUAGACCACGGAAAUCGAUCAUCCUUGAUGUGGGAAAGAAGACAAUCCGACAACGACAAUCAAUCAUAUUUUGGAGGUCAGUCAUCUUCGAUGAAAGAAGGAGGACCAUCAAAUUACAGAAAUCAAACAAGACAAUCCGACCACGAAAAUCGAUCAUAUUCAGUGAACGAAAGAAGACUAGACUACGAAGAUCGAUCAUCUUUAAUGAACAAAAGAAAACGUUCUGAAGAUCAAUCAUCUUCAGCAAACAAAAGAAUACAUUUAGACCAUGGUCGUUAUUUUUCAUCUAAAACAUUUAUAGAAUUGGUAUACGAAUUUGCAGCAAAAACACACGUUAUAAAACCUAGAUAUCAAAUUCUCGAAAUAAAAGAUACAGAUAAAUUAGAUAAAUUUUACUCAAAAAUGUUUCUCAAUGGGGUUGAAUACACGGGAAGAAUUCGAUCCAACGAAAUACUUGCGAAGGAAUCAGUAACUUAUAUAAUAAUAAAUAAACAAGUUAUUACAUGA